ACGAGAACGCCUAUCUAUCUACGCGUCUGUGGUCUCAGGUUAAGUGUACAACGUGUACCUACGCAUCGGUAACGUUGGAAGUGACAGGAGGAAAUAGUGAAUGGAUAUUAUAGGCACGAAAGCUGGGCAAAGGUUCCCAUUGCUCGGUAGGUUUGUCUGAGCUGCUCAUCUGUACUGAUAGUGCAGUAUUGACUACAAAAAGUGACACGCAACGACAGUGUCAUAAACUCUCGUAUUUGAGUUAACGUUCAGUGCGGCAGAUGCGUAGCUUAGCGUGACACUUUUCCCUGUGGACAGCGUGUAAAUAAUUCGUCAACGAUGCAGCAGAAAAAAGUGACCCUAAACAAGGACCUGCUACGCGAAAGGGAGAGGUGCACGUUCGAUCCUGAGGAAUUAACUUAUAUAUUGGAUGGCAGCCCACAGAAGACCCAUGAACGUCGCGAACGAGAACAAUAUUUCCUAAGUGAUCCAGAACUGCAGGAUAAAGUACCAAUGAGAUACAAGAGCCAUAAAGAGAUUUACGAGGAUGCAGUUAGAAAAGCUUGCAAGGUUCUGGAAAAGAUGCGGGAGUUGCAAAAGACAGCAAAUGCUGGAAUGGAUUUGUUCUCACAUGUUUUAGGAGGAAUGUUUGGGUCUGCUAUAUUGAAAGAUGGAAACCCGACAGUAGUUCAUUAUGCCAUGUUUCUCCCUUCUGUCAUGGGGCAGGGAACCACGCAGCAGCAAGAAUAUUGGGUAACCAGAGCUUGGAAUGCCAAUCUUGUUGGAACUUAUGCUCAGACUGAACUUGGUCACGGGACAUUUAUCAGAGGUUUAGAAACGACAGCAACUUACGAUCCUAAUACAAAAGAAUUUAUAUUAAAUAGUCCAACUUUAACGUCUUAUAAAUGGUGGCCUGGUGGCUUGGGUCAUACUGCAAAUUAUGCAGUAAUAGUUGCACAAUUGUACACGCAAGGGGAAUGCAAAGGUAUUCAUCCAUUCAUCGUGCAAUUAAGAGACGAAGAUACGCACGAACCAUUGCCAGGCAUUAAAAUUGGCGAGAUUGGUACGAAGUUGGGAAUGAACGGAACUAACAACGGCUUUCUCGGGUUCGAGAAUGUCAGAAUACCUCGUGAAAACAUGCUGAUGAGAAAUUCUCAGGUAUUAGAAGAUGGUACAUACGUAAAAGCGUUAAGCGAUAAAUUAAAUUACGGUACAAUGAUGUUCGUUCGAGUAGUACUGGUUUUCGACAUUGCGAGUUACUUAGCGAAAGCAGUCACGAUUGCAACUAGAUACAGCGCAAUUAGACGUCAAUGUCAAAUAAAUCCAGAUGAGCCUGAAGUACAAAUUAUUAAUUACGUAACGCAACAAUACAAAAUAUUUCCCCAUAUAGCUGCGUGCAUAGCGUUUCGACUGGCCGCGAGUUGGAUUUGGGACAUGUAUAAUACAGUAGUUGCCGAGUUGGAUCACGGUGAUUUAGACAAAUUACCCGAGUUGCAUGCUCUGUCGUGUUGCCUUAAAGCUGUUGCAUCUUCGGAUGCAGCCACUGGAGUGGAGCAAGUGCGAUUGGCUUGCGGUGGACAUGGAUACAUGGAUUCCAGCAAUCUUCCAGCGACUUACGGUUUAGUCACUGCUGUCUGUACCUAUGAAGGGGAGAAUACUGUUCUACUGUUACAGACGGCUAGAUAUUUAGUGAAAUCCUGGAAACAGGCCCGCGAAGGUCACAAUUUACCAGAGACGAUACAGUACCUUGCGGUCUUUUCUAAAGGAAUCAAAAAACAAUCUUGGAAGAUUAAUUUGGAUCGCAUUAUCAAGGCUCACCAAGAAGUCGCUGCAGGAAAAAUUCGUUUGGCGACGGAGAAUAUGGAUCGCAGAAUACGCAACGGAGUGUCCCCGGAGGACGCUUGGAACCAAACUAGCAUAGAAUUAUCACGUGGCGCAGAGGCUCAUUGUCGAGCGUUUAUAGUAAUGAGAUUCGCUGAAUCCGUUAAAGAAUUUGUCUCAGUGUCCAAAGAGCUACGCAUUGUUUUGCAAUAUCUCUGUGAGUUGUACGCUGUCUACUGGGUACUGCAACGCCUCGGUGACUUCCUUCAAUUUUCUUCCUUGACAAACGAAGAUGUCCCCUCAGUUCAGGCACGACUAGAAGAAUUAUUGGCAUUGAUCCGUCCAAAUGCCGUAGGUAUCGUCGACGGAUUCGACAUCCGUGACGAGAUCCUUAACUCUGCGUUAGGAGCAUAUGACGGUAACGUUUAUGAACGGUUGUUCGCUGAGGCUAUGAAAAGUCCACUGAAUCAGGAGAGCGUGAACGAGUCUUUUCAUAAAUAUUUGAAACCGUUCCUUAAGAGCAAUUUGUAGUGCAAUUUACCUUUGUGGAUCUCCUUCUGAAUUUCUCUCUAUCUACUCGUAAAGGUUUCAACGAAAUACAGCCACCUGAUCAAAUUACUGCCCUACGUACCUAGCUAUUAAUACUUUGACAAUUCUUCCAUACUUCUUCCGUCAUUUUUAAAUAAUACUUUUCGAAGUACUUGUAAACUCGUGUCACAUGUUGGUACUAAGUCAGUAAGAAUGAUUGAAAUGUUUGUAUUAAAAUCUGUGUUCAAUAUAGUCGUAGCAAGCCAUUUUUUAUCUUUUGAAACAAGAAACUUAUGUUGCCUUACAGUGAAGUUAACGUUAAUAGUUAGUACAGGAACUAACUUAGGUGGCUCGUUACGAUUUACAUCAAAUACUCAUAUCAAAUCGGGGUAUGGUAAUGGUGUAACGUUUAUAAUCGCGAUAAAAAGAGUUCAGAAAUAUAUUUUUCUACGACCUUUGCAGAGUAUUGUAAAUAGUUUGAAAAAAAUCGCAAUAUUGUUAUCGCAAGAAUUGUGAAGGAUUUCCAGAAGUGAUUUUUAUUGUUAAGAGGGAUUUUUUUUUUUAGGAAUGCUUGAACAUUCCGCGAGAAGAAUAUUUUAAAGAUUUUAUAAAGAAAAGAUAUUUUCUAUGUACUUUUUGCAAUUUAAUAAAGUUGUCGACAAGACUGCUCGCAAAUAA